UCAGUUAGUCGCCGUCAGUGUCCGCCGCGCGAUGACCGAUUUCACUAGCGCUCGACAGCAGCAGCCGCAACAGCCGCAACCGCAGCCGCAACAGCUGCGGGUGGUGCCGGCCACUUCGGCCAGACCACCGUAUUUCGAUUUUAACGACAUUUUUGGGUGUUCCGCAGGGAAAAAAACUGUCGCCGCCCAUGACGACGGCUCCGACGACGACGCCUGCGGCCAACGGAAGUGGCUCCACGACGGCCACCGCGACGACGGCCACCGUCAACAACAACAACAACCACAGCAACAACAACAACAACGGGUCGUCGAUCAAGCAGCAGCAGCAGCAGCAGCAGCAGCAAUCCUCGGCCGGCGGCCAACAGCUCAUGUCCGCAGCCGCGGCGGGUUGCUGUCCCGUGUGCGGGACGGCGCUCCGCACGGCCCACGAGCUCGAGUCCCACUUUAUAUGGGAACUGGAACGGCUGUACAAGCAGGCGGCCGCGGCAGGACGACGGCACCGAAGGGGCACUCCCGACAAGCUGGGCGACGGCCACCACAUGCACGGUCUCAUGGUGUGUCCCAGGGACGGCGGCCGCUUGUCGCCAGUCGCCGGUGGCAGCAGCAGGGACGCGACGCUGCACGGCCGAUGGGAGACAUAUCAAAAAGUCAAGGCCAAUCGACACAACCGGUUGAGGAUCAAAAACCGGAAACGGAAACCCGACGAGAUGCUGUUGACGCCGACACCAACGACCUGCUGCUGUCCCGUUUGCAGCGAGCCCGUGGCCGCGGCCACCCAGGAACAGAUGAACGCUCACGUGGAGAUGUGCCUGAGGAACAAAGGACACCCAGCAGUGGCGACCGCGGGUAACGACGACGAAGACGAGAACGUGGACGUGGAAGGUGACGCCGAGACGACGAUGUACGACAUCGUAUACGGCGGCGGAAGUAGCGGAUGGCACGGCCAACAGCCACACAACAGGAUGAGACAGCAGCAGAUGCUCAUACAUGGCGGAGGAUACAACAGAGGUGCCGCAGCCGUGGCGAUGAACUGUACCGGCCCCGGGAAUCCGGCCCAGCAGCCGCCGCCCAGACAGUCGGCGACCGGCGGCGAAGACUCGGCCGGUGGUGCCGAAGACGCCGUGUUGGUGGUCGACGACAACGACAACGAAAACGGCGGCAGCAGCGGCAGCUUAUACAACAAGUACGGCCCUAACCAGUACGCCGAACGGGACGUAAUCGUCCCGUCACGUCCUCCUACCGCUUCUUCGGAGAGCCGCCGACUUACACCCGCCGAGCUGAACGAUCCGAGCGCGAUGGAGGCGAUGGACUCGUGCGAAAACGUCGGGCCGCUGGACGUGUCGAUCAAAAAGGAAAACACACAAGACGAAGGGACAGUGAAACCCAAAAUGGACGUCGACAAGUACUGCGCACAGUUCAACAACAACGGCCAGGUCGUCGAAGCGCUAAAAGCUCGGAUCCGGGAACUUGAGUCGGUGUCCAAGGCCGGUAGCGACAAGUUUACUUGUCUAUUGUGCAAAGGAAAUUUCAAAGAUCCCGUCGUGUCGACGUCGUGCUGGCACGUGUACUGCGAAGUGUGCUGGCUACAGAUACUGGGUGCUAAAAAGCUGUGUCCGCAGUGUUACGUGAUAACGCUUCCGUCCAACUUGCGUCGCGUUUACCUGUAAAGCGGCCCAGGAGGAGCCGCAGGACUCGCCGCCGGCGAAGAAUGCGGCCGAAAAUAUCAUGUCUCCGGCGGUCGGCUCGUCUCCGUCACCACCGCGUCGCCGCAUAUAAUAUUAUAAUAUUUAUUUGUAAAUUAUUUCAUUGUAAUUUUUAUUUUUCCCGGUUUGCCGCGUGUUCGCUUUCCGAUUUCAUAUCCAAAUUAUUGUACAAACAUUAUCGCAACGAUGUAUAUGUACCCUACGCAUCGUCAUAUAUAUUAUUAUAGUGUACCUAUAUACUAUAUAGAUAAUACAUCCACAUCAUAUCCUAUGUAUUAUGUACGCUCGGCCUUAGGUCGUACGUCGUCGUCGUCGUCGUCGUCGUCGCUGCACAGCGUAGGUACGAGUUGCCUUUGUAUAAUAUACGUAUAUAAUAUUAUAAUAUGUGUUGGUGACAUUUACGCGUUUUCCGUUUACCGCAAGUCGGUCGUGCCCUCCAAACCCACCGCUCCUCCCCCCCCCCCCGGCCCACCGACGACACUGGCGUCCCGUGCACCCUCUCUCGGGCCGUCAAAUCCAUAUACGCCACGCAAUAAUAUCGACAUAUCAAUAUAUGCUAUAUAUAUCGUACAAGACAAUAGUCGGUCUGCCAAAACCAAAUAUACAUACAUAAAUGUAUAUUAUUUGUAUUUGUACAUAGGCAACCUAACCUUUAUAUAUGACCUAUAUAAUAUAUUAUGCUCACGCACAACCAUUACCGAUGUGUAGGUACACACCACGCACGCAAAUAGACGUACCACACGCACGAUCGCGACUAUAACGGCUUGCAUAGAUUGGUUUUCUGACUAUAAUAUUAUAUACUUUGGCUGGUAUAUGUAGUCCGAUGUCAGUGUGGUUUGAGACCGUAACAAAGAUAUUAUAUUUGAUCGACCUGCUGCGUGCAGAGUUUGGAGCUGGAUAUCGUAGGACACAGGGUCCUGGUCAGGGCAGGGUAGCUGCCGCACUGGACUUUAGACCCGCCUCGACAUAAUACAAACUUAGGGCAUUAUAUCAGAAAGUCUCAAACGCCUCUCACCCACAUCGUUCGACCCCAAUCAUCAGUUUUAUCGCCGAGUGGCCGUUUGUAGCACCCCGAAAUACAUAAAUAUAUGCGGACGCGCGUGUGUAUGUGUGUGUGUGUGUAUGCGUGAGUGUAUAGUUAUAUUCACUGACUCGAGUGUUAAAAAUUAUGUACAUUAAUAUUAUAUAAUAUUAUUAUAACAAUGAUAUACUUAUACGUUAUGUUUUUUUUUCUUCUUAGUGAAAGUAGUUGUUUAAUAUUAUCAUAUACUAUAAUAUAGGGGUAACCGCUUUGUCGUUUGACGUUAGCAAAAAAAAAAGUAAAGAAAAAAACGUCAUCAUAUUAUGUGCUAUGACUGCGAAUCUUCAUUAGUCUUAUUAGAAAUAAUAAGUAUAUAUAUAUAUAUAAAAUACAAUAUUACAUUAUAGUUUAAAUUUAAAAAUAAUAUUAAUAAUUAUAUAGGUACUGUUAAUCUAACGAUAAUGUUAAAUAUUAUACCUAAGCCUAAUAUGAUGUUACUAAAAAUCAUACUGGAACCGGUGCAUUUUGUGAAAAUUGCCAAAACGUUGGCGUGCCGCGUAUUGCGAACAUAAAAAAUAAACAUUUUAAAAUACUGAAAUUAUUAGGUAGUUCCCUGAGUGUAGAAGUAUAUAGAAAAACGCGCGCGUUAAAGUCACAACCGGAAAGUUUUUCAAUAAAGCAUGAUAAAUAAUGAUAAAAAAAAAAACUGGCAGAAAUACGCGGAAAUAAACUGUCCAAAACGCGAGUGCGGACAUGUGGAACAUAGCCGGGGCGUAAAAAACACUAAGAUCUGACAAAAUGUAUAAAAAAAUAAAACUGUGAUGCUCCAAGAACAACAAUGUAAUCGCGAUUGUAGAAUUUAAUAUAAUAUGCGGAAUUUACGGCCAAUCAUAAUAAUAUAUGACGCGAAUUAUUCCGGAUUUUUUUUUCCUUAAAUUUUUUUCACGACCAAGUUUUCCCGAAAUUUGAUACCCCGUUGCCGGCCGUAACAGUACGUUUUGUCAGUUCAAUGCGAUGGGCAAAAGUUAUUAGUUAUUACUUAUUACUGUUGAAAUUCCACCUGUAGAUGAGUCUAUGGUGUAGACGACUUAAUCUUCGUCACGCCGCGUUGUGAUGCCAAGACAAAUUUUUAUCAAAAACCUAUCUAACUAUACCACAAGCUACCUACAUAUUAUUAUAACCGAUACAUUUAUAAAUCUUUUAUUAUAUUUCAUUAUUAUAUUCAUUAUUAUUCAACUGUAUAUUGUGUUUCGUCUCCUACAUAAUAUAUCUGGCGUUUAUCAUAAUGGGAAAAACGUGUUAUUAUACUAAUAUUAAUUAUUAUUAUUAUUAUUAUUAUUAUAUUAUUGUAAUUAUUAUUAUUACUAUUAUUACUAUUAUUAUUAUUAUUAUUAUUAUUAUUAUUAUUAUUAUUAUUAUGAUUAUGAUUAUGAUUAUUAUUAUUAUAUUAUUAUCAUCAUUAUUAUUAUUAUUAUUAUUAAUUAUUAUACUUGAUGUUUCUUCACAAAUACUGUGCACUGUUGUUUGUUUAACUUCAUUCAUUAAUAAAUAUUGCCAACGGCAAUAUCUGGAAUUUAAAUAUAUAUUAUAUAGGCAAUUGAAUUUCUAUUUUCUGCCACGGUGUACAGCGAACACCAAAUCUCAAUGCAUUUCGGAUAUUAUCGCUGUAACUUGAGCAAUUUAAA